CGUGAAAAGAGCCUGCGACGCCUGCAAGAUCCGAAAGGUGAAAUGCUCAGAAACACAAUCCAAUCAACACGAGGCCCCCGAAGCUUACGGCCAAACACAAUACGGAAGAUAUUCGAGAAACAGGCGCAAGAUGGUGGCGCGAACGAUGAAAAGCUGCACAAGCAAGGUGCGAGCCCGUCACUCGGCGGCCCCUCACAACACUUGUUCGAGUCAAAGUAUCCUGAUUCCACGAGACGAGCCGACCACGAUGCAGCCUUGAUAGAGGUAUUGGAGAUCUACCGACUUCGUUUAUAUCCUAUCUGGCCGAUCGUUGAUGUACAAGAGCUGCAGGUCCAGCUUACCUCUGGAGAUAACCCACGAUCGCGACCAUUGGCGACCGCAAUGCGGCUAGCUGCCACAGCGCAGCUACGGUUAGAGUCCACAUCCCCAGAGGAGGUCCCGCGAACGAGCUUGGAAGAUGGCGAUGGCAACGUAGAUUUGACCUGCUUACGCAUCGCCUUCUUCCUACACAUAUACCACGAAAAUCAGAAACCCGGUGGCGGGAAAUCCAUGCUAUACUUGAGGCAGGCUUUGACUAUAGCCCAAGUGAUGCGGUUGGACAGAGAGUCAUCAUACGCGGCUCUACCCGAGGCGGAGCAGCAGUUACGGCGGCGGGUCUUAUGGCUGCUGUUCGUCACUGAGCGCGGUGUAUCCAUGCUUCACAAGAUGCCCGCCAUAUUGAAGCCAAACAUUGCAUUUCCCUGCCCGGGCGGCGAUGAUCAAGAGCAAGUCUUGCCCGCUUUCUUGAAGCUGAUUAACCUUUUCUUCGUUUUCGACCAGUCUGGCAUCUUCGAAAACCUCCAGAACUCGGACUCUGACCUGUCCAAUAUGGCAGUCGGCGCCCGCGGCUGUGUGGAUACCUUGCAACGGAGGCUUCAGGACAGCACGGCAGACUAUGAGUCUAGCAACGAUAUCCAAAAAGCCGAUAUCUAUGUGACGCGGCAAUGGAUGAGGGCAGUCCUCUGGCGCGCUGCAGCGAGUUUCGGCCUGACUUCUCUGGCGAGCAGUCCGAUCCGCAUUGCUCGAGAGUUCCUCUCGUUUGUGUCUCACUUGCCCAAAGCUGCUAUUGAAGCUCAUGGGCCGACGAUAGAAUACAAGACGUACGACAUCGCUACAGCGGUAAUCGACGCAGUGACGAGCAACGUGUCGGUUAAUCCAGCUGAUCAGCCGGAAGAAGUACUGCAAGGUCUGCAGCUGGUACUGUCUUCUUCACGCGGCGGCAACAAAGCACUCCUUGGAUCGCUCUAUUUGAAAAUGGCUGCGAUUACCCCGGGUCCUCAAGUACCACUUGGACUACGUGGUCGUGUCGAAGAGGUUCCCGAAGACCCUGGGGCUCGGUCUGAUCGAAGCCCUCCGCAUGGCCACGGCAUACUUCCGUCACCGUGGGCUGACCUGGAAGAUAUUGCCUCUAAUACCAACUUUGUCAGGACACCUGGCUCUGGCACGCCGAACUACCACUCGCUUGAUCAGCAGAACCAGCAAAUGUCGUGGUCACCACUUGACUUGAGCACGCCGCUCAUCCGAACGCCAUCACCAUUGACGCGGGCAAUUUUCGACCAGGUAGUUCAGGGCAAUAGUAGCGAAUACCUGCCCAGUGUCGUUACAUCAUGGAACAAUCCAACUCCUUGA